AUGUCAGCAGUUGCCACUGUUGUUAUAUGGGAACUUAUCAGCAGAGCAUUUGGCAUGUUUCUUUCUAUUGCAGCAAGUACACAAAUAUCUUCUCUUUAUGGAAAAAAGCUAUUUGAUGAUGCGCAACAGGUUGUUUGUGACCUGUAUAGGCUAUGUUUUGUUAGUGGAUGCAUUGUUCCUGCAAUAUUAAUACCUGUUACAAAACCAUAUGCAAGAUGGUGCCUUGCAACAGAAGAAACUUCAGAGAUGGCCUUAAAAUACAUUAUUCCUCAGGCAGCCGGGAACGUUUUCACAUGUAUCUUUUACACUAAUGUCGGAAUUUUACAAGCAGAAGGAAGAACUCUACUUGUAGGAAUUAUUGACGUGAUUGCUCUUGGAGUUGGUAUGGGAGUGCUAAAUCCUCUUUUCAUGGGAAAGCUGAAAAUGGGAAUUAUAGGUCCAUCAAUAUCAACUGUCAUUGCUGAUGCAGUUCCUGGAAUAAUUCUAACAAUUCUCUUCUUUUGUGGAAAGUUUGGAACAAAACCAAAGCUCUCUGGACUCAUCAAACCUUUCAGUAAGCAUACAUAUCAAGCAAUAGUUGUUGGAAGCUCUCAAUUCAUAUCUCAGCUUAGUAAUGCUGUUCCAGCCAUUUUUAUGAGACGUGUUAUGGGCAAAUCUCUAAUAGAUAAGAGCAAAUAUGAUGUUAUGAUGAGUGGAAUGAAUGUCGCUUAUAGAUACACAUCCUUAAUAACAGCCAUAAACCUUGCCUUAUGCGCCGGUUUCCUUGCCCCUGGAGCUUAUGCAUAUGCUGCUCAAAAGUAUAAGAGAUAUAUUGCCCUCACAAUUCACCUUAAUUGGAUUGGUUUUGUUUGGUGCAUAAUUUCAGAAAUUAUUGUCAUCGCACUUGCAAAGCCAUUAUCUAAAUUAUUUGGAAACGGCGAGGCAUUUUUAGAUUGGGCUGUUAAAGAGUUAAAAGCAGCUAAUUGGGCAACAUUUGUGAUGUUCAUUAAGUAUACACUUAUUUCGAUGCUUCAAAGUCAACAAAGAGGAAAGAGGGCCAUGAUUGUCAGCCUUUCUUCUAACUUUUUAGCGUUCCUUGCUUCAAUUUACAUCAUUGAUGCGGUGCACCCACAUCAACCAGAGAAAAUUAUGUGGUGUUUCUGGAUCACAUCAGUAGUUGGCCUUGUACUCGGAUCCAUUUUAAUUUUCAAGCCAUUUUAUCAGAUAAUUAAAAAAAGUAAAGAAGAAAAGACAGAAGAUGAAAAUGAAUUAUCUUCAAAGGCAGAUACUGAGAGUCCAGAUAUCGAAAACCAAAACUCUGAAAAUCAAGGUGCCGAAAAUAAAAAUUCAGAGGAACAAGAAGCUGCCAAAAAGACAUCAGAAAAUAAAAAUUCAGACAACCAGAAUUUAGACAAUGAGGAUACUGAGCCUAAUAAUGAUGUAGAAAGCCAGAAUUCUUAG